CACGCCCACUUCCGGGGAGAAGUCUCCUGUCUUCUAGCGACUGAAAGCACAAGUCGCCACCAUUGUGUGAUUCUGCUUCUUUAAUCGAGACUGGGGGAAAAGCGACACAUUUAGAGAGGAAUUUCCCUGAGUUAAGCCUGCCAGAUCCUGUCAUGGGUGUCUCUGCCUUCUUUCUACUGAGCAGUCUUGGCCUUGCCAUUACUGCUCAAGCUCAAAACUGUUCGAGACCCGUUGGAAACGAAAACAUGAGUUUGAAGGGGGAAGACAUCCUUAAAGACACAUUUCCUGAUGGAGGAAAAGCUACUUUUGCCUGUAAUGUUGGCUACAGAGCUGCAAUAGGGUCUCCAUCUGUAACCUGUUCUGCUGGUGUUUGGAGUCCUACGCUGCUGCAGUGCGAGAAGAAGAACUGUGGUUCACUUGGUCAAUUGAAUAAUGGGGACAUCGAUUACGUUCCGGGAACGGAGUUUGGUGAUAAGGCUGUGAUCAGAUGUAACACUGGUCACAUACUAGUUGGUAAUGAAGAAAUCAUUUGUGGAGACAAAGGUUGGAUGGGCAGAUUGCCAGAGUGUGAAGUGAUGACAUGUAAUCCACCAGCAGCAAUUGCAGAUGGCACUUUCAUUCCAGUCAAAGAGGUAUACAACUUUGGAGAUGUUGUGGUGUACUCCUGUCCAAAAGAUUAUACACUCAAUGGAUCAAGAGAGUUAUCAUGUUCCCUCGGUGGGAAAUUCAGCCAUCCUGCUCCAAAGUGUGUCCGGGUUGAAUGCGCAGAUAUCUCGGAAAUUCCAAACGGCAGAUUUAAGGAAGGUUCUAGACCACCGCACAAAUACAAGGCCACAAUAAUGUUUGAGUGUAAUCAAGGAUACGAAAUGACUGGAUCACCGACCUUGACGUGUGAAAUUAAUAACCAGUGGUCGCCUGAGCUUCCAAAAUGCACAGCUAAACCCACCACCACAACAACAACAACAACCACAACCACCACCACCACGACCACAACGACGACCACCAAAUCUAAAACUGACCAAAAGGACCCAGGUAAUGGUGGUUCUUCUCAGAGUCAGUCUUGGGUGGUGCCAGUCGUCAUAGUGUUUUCAUUAGCCACCAUUGGUUGCAUUGCUGGUGUCAUAUUUUGGAAAAAGAGAAGCACUCGGAGGACAAAUACUGACAAAGAAGCUGCAAAAGAUGGAGAGGAUAUAAGACUCUCGUAAGCAUCGCAAACCAGUGGUUCCAACAUUACUGGAUGUGAAAAUGACUUGUUGAGAAGACGGCUGGGCCUGCACCAAGCUUUUGAAUGUAUACACUCUGUCCCAGAUAUCUAUGUGCAACAUAUGAAGCAAUCCACAUAUCUUCUUCUUCUGCUUGCAAGACAACUCAACAGAAUGAACUUGAGCCUUAACUUCUGUUUUAAGUGGCUUACUUUUAGCAUUGAUUGGCCACUUAAAUCCACUUUUUGAUUUCUUUCCGUUUUAUUUUGUGUUUUCGAACAUGAUCUUUGUUUGCACUAGAAUAAUGCACCGUUUGGACUUUGUGGGCUAAUUAUAAACAUCAUCUGAAGUUAAAUUAGAGUGACUCUGACAGGUACUAGAAGGAACCUAAUUCAUUUAAAGACAGUAACACUGUGGCUACCCACUAACUAUUAAUUUAUUUGUUUCUUUUGUUCAAAAAAAAAGUCCUAUGUAAAAGAAAAAUCUUGAUGCCUCGGGCGGAUUAACUCAUGUAUGAAAAGACACUUCUGGCUGUUAAAACAAGUGUUUAAAAUUGAAUGUUCCCCAUGAAAGGAAGUCAGAGGUUUUAUAAAAACAGUUCAGUGCCUGAAGUAAAGGUGUAUUUCCUAUGCCUUUCUGAAACAAGCCAAACGUUUUAACUUCUUUGUUACCAGUUGUGGUUUUAUCUGUAAUUUCAUAGAUGUGAACUUGUUAAUUUAUCGUUUGUUUGUCGCGAGUAAAAGUGGCUUCAGUGGGAGCUGGUCAAAAAGAUCCUAAACAAUUACCCAAUUUAUCCUGGGGGUUGUGCUAUGCACUUUCAAGAAAAGAAGAAAACGAUUAAAAUUGCAAAGAGAUUUUUUGUUUUGUUAAGCAAAUUUAGGUUGUAUUACUCUCCUUCAAUAAAAUAAUCACCCCUGAUACACAUUUUGGAUUUUGAAAAUGUACUGCCCAGGAGAUGAAGAGGAAGAAGUAUUAUGAUAGUUCUGACUGUGGUCACUUAAAGAUGUAUUUAAGGUGAAAACCUUGCACUUACUUAGCUUAUUUAUUUUGAAAAAUCCAUUCUCUUUUUGUAUGUAUAUCUGAAUAUUGGUGUUAAUUUUAAGGAUGUACUUUUUUUGUAAUCAAACAAUAAAAAUGUAGGGAUGAGAUGAA